AUGUGGUGGGAAUUCUUGGAUCAUGCAACCGUGAGGGCUUCAGCGCAGUCUUCAUCCGAAGUCGGAGCCACCGUUGGAGCUACAGAAGGAGUCAUAGUCGGAGACGUCGAGGUACCUAUUGGCAGCACGAGCUUAGGUAGUUUUGGCGAUACAAAUGCAGGUGACAACAUCAGGGUUGGAUCGUCCUCGGAGGAUUUACCGAAUGAAAUUAAGGGCGACAGCAGCAGUCAAGCAAGCGGUUCGAAGGCCAACUCGGGUGUUCGAGCGGAGGCGGUUGGAAUAUCUGCGCUGAUGAUUCUGGUCAGCUAUGCGAUUUUCUACUAA